AACCCACGGCCAGGUGCCUAUUUUACGGUGGCUGAGCACGAAAACGACGCCGUCAAUAGCUCCUGAGCGGGCGGCUGGGCGCGGGCCGGGGGCGGCCCAUGGACAAUGUUCAGUCGAGAGCGUUGGGGCCGCGCCGCGCGGUUCCGGACGGCGGAACAAGCCGGCGUGGCGGUGCCGUGGGCAAGGCCAGGGUCGCCGAGCGCGGCCCGCGGUCGUCAGCAGCCGGAUGGCCGGUCCUGUGUCGACGGGAGGACGCCCCUCCCCUGCCUGGAGCGCCCCGGUGACCCUGGCGGCGGCGCCGGGGACGACCCAGCGACCCUGACGGCGCCGGCGCCCUAUAAAACGCCGACGCGCCGCCAGACCGGCAGCACUUCCCCAGGUUCAGGACUGCUGUGCAAACAUGAGAGUUCUGGUUCUCCUGUCGGCUCUGCUGGCGGCCGUCUCGGCCGGCCAUCCGUCGGCGCAAAGGGCGUAUAGCUCCGGCAGCCAUGCUAAUGGCUAUGGCUACGCACUGCCCUCAGGUCACGCCCGCUUUUCUUCCUCUCCCUCUUCCCAUGCUAAGAAGGUGCACCACGUGGCACACACCAAGGUGCACCACUACACCCCUCAGGUCACCAAGUACGUGCACAAGCCGGUCGUCAAGGUGGUCGAGGUGCCCAAGACCGUCAUCAAGGAGGUCCCCAAGGUGGUGUACAAGGAGGUGCCGAAGGUGAUCGUCAAGGAGGUGCCCCGCUACGUCAUCAAGGAGGUGCCCAAGGUGAUUGUCAAGGAGGUCGAGGUGCCCCAGGUGGUGGUCAAGCACGUGCCGGUGGCUCAUGAGGUGCGCGUGGCUGCCCCUGUGCCGGUGGCUGCGCCCGCUCCGGCCGUGUACAGCCAGGCCGUGGCCCACCCGGCCCCGGCCCCUGCCGUCUACAGCCAGGCUGUGGCCCACCCCGCCCCUGCUCCUGCCGUGUACGCGCAGGCCGCCCCGGCUCCUGCCGUGUACGCCCAGGCCGCUCCUGUGCCUGCCGUCUACAACACCGUGGGUGCCGCCUUCCCGUACGCCGCCUCUGUCUCGUCCCAGUUCCACGCCCAGGACGAGCUGGGCCAGUACGACUACGGCUACUCCAACCCGACCUCCAGCAAGCAGGAGAUCAAGACGGCCGACGGCAUCGUCCGUGGCGGCUUCAGCUACGUGGACGCUAACGGACAGACCCAGGUGGCCUCAUACUACUCUGACGCGCUCGGCUUCCACGUGGCGCGCACCGACCUGCCCGUGGCUCCCGUCGACACCAACGUGGCGCCCGUGUUCGACGCUGCCGCGCCGCUGCCGGUGGCUGAUACUCCCGAGGUGGCCGCCGCCAAGGCUGCGCACGCCCAGGCGCACGCCGAGGCUCUGAAGGCCGCUGACGCCGAGUAAGUGCACGUGCUCCCGUGUCCCGUCCCGUCCCUCCGUCCAUGGCCUGGCUGCCGGAGCUCGCUACGUCACGGCCCGACUGCGGCCGCCGACGCCGCGCCCUAGCCGCAGCAGCGCCAGCGCCGCCGGGCCGCCGCUCUCCGAGUCGCGCCCGGCGGCGACCUGUUUCUCUCACCCAUCAUCGGUCUCACCAGUCUGACCUGUGUGGAAGUGCAAUCCCGGUCGCGUGAGACGACUGGAGGGCCGGCCGACAGUCCGCCGACAGCGGCGGAAGUGCGGCCGGUCCGACCCAUCACCUCAUCAUCUUCACAUUGUGUUUUUAUAUGUGUGUGUGGAUGGGUCCGCCUAGGGCCCGUCUCACCUUAUGUUUGUCGUUAUUUGUCGUGAUGCUCGAUCAAAUAAUAUAUGUGUGACACAAAUAUAAAUACGACAUUUCUAA